AUGUCUCUACCCAACUGGAAAGGCCUCCUGAAAUGGUCACUCUCCAAAGUGGACCCGAAAAGGAAAGACGAAGUGAAACAAAUGUCUAAGGAGGAUUUGGAGUUCCUUGAAGGAGCUUUAUCUUCAGUAAAUGAACAUGAAAAACAGGUUGCAAACUCAGUUUCAGAGGUCAAUAGGAUCUCUAAGGCGUUUAUGACAUCAGAAAACGGAGAAAAUAAGAAUAAAGAAAUAGAGUUUGAUAAAAAGGUUCUGUUGGAGUCUAUGCAGAAACUAGAGGAGUACUUUGAAGAACACCCUAGCAAUGCUACAAGUCUUGCUAGACAAGGACUCCUAGAAUCUUUCACUCUUUUAUUAAAGAGUGAUGAUAUGGAAGUGUUGUCUUCAACCCUCUCUAUUAUUUCAUGUUCUUUCUCAAACAACGAGUCUGUUCUUGAGGAGGCCUCCAAAACUCAGCUGGUUCCCAACCUCCUCAAACUAAAAAAUAAGUUAAAGGACACUCAACUCGAGCCCAGGCUUAUAACUGCCAUCUCAUCGUCAAUUAGAAACUGCAGGAGAGCUGAACAGCUCUUUGUUACACUGGGUGGACUAUCUUACUUAAAGGAUUCUCUUGAAAGUACUAACCUAAAGACUAGGGAACGGGCUAUUCUUCUCUUCAACCACUUCAUAUCACUAGACAAGGCUAGUCGACUGAUAAUGGCAACAUUAAAUCCCUACAAAAUAUUAAACUUGCUUUUACCUCUAGACCCUGAAAAUAAUGGGAUUCAAUUUACCGAAUUAUCCUGUACUCUAGUCUUCCUAAUUCUUCAGAAACAUUCUAAUGCAUUUACCGGCGAAGAGUUGAAUGAGGUGUCCAAGGUCCUGGACAGGGAACUCCAAUCUCUUGGGUCACUAAACGCAGUUGAUUAUGAAAAAGCAAAACAAAUUGAACAUUUACUUAUUUGUUACCCUAAAGGGGGGAUAAUCUUUCUGCCUUUUGACACUGUAUUAGAGAUUUGA